ACGUACUCCUGCAGCGAGCUCGUAUACCAGGCAGAAUUAGCGGCGUGUGCCAGGCGGUCGAGUCAUGCUGUCCGGUGAACUGCUGGUCGCCCUUGUGGCAUUGGCCUUCGCGGGGGCAGAGCCAGCGUGCGACGAGUCGCUCAGACAGUCCCAUCGGGUGCAUCAGUUCUACUGUUCCGGCUUCGACAGCCCGGAGCAACUAUGGAACGCCGUGCCGAGAGACCUGGACUUGCCCAAGACGAGACUUGUAGUGCGGGACAGCGUCCUAGAAUACUUCCUUCCUCAGACGUUCGCCAGAACCAACGCCACGUACCUCAAGCUCAGCAACGUCACCGUCGGGAGAUACGUGCGAGGCUGGCUGCAACGGUACUAUCCUUUCGAGGGUCUCGAGGACACGCUGGAGGUCUUCGAACUGGCGGACGACAGCACGUUCCCGAGCAGCUGGAGCCUGCUGAGCGACAUGCGCUCGCUAACAGAACUCAGGCUGGUCAACAUGAACGGCUUGAGACUGUCGAGCAAGUUCGCCCAGCUGCCGCGUACACUGAGCCACGUGGCGGUGAUAAGGUCGACCAUAGAGAGCGUCGAUGACGAUUGGCUGGCGUCACUGACGAACCUUGAGAAGGUGUCUGUGAUAAAGUGCAAUUUGAUGAAGUUCUCGCGCAUGAUGCUUCCGCGUCCGGCUCCCAAGCUGUGGAGACUCGUACUCGACCACACCAACAUGACUUCGUUACCACUGGACUUUGCCGAAGAGCUCCCGAAACUUAACGAAGUUGGUCUGCGACACAACUUCAUUACAUCUUUCAGAGCCGCUACGCUUUUGCCAUUGGCUCGAAACGGAACAAGAGUCAGCUUAGUAGGAAAUCCCUUGACUUGCGACUGCCAGGCUGCAUUUCUCCUCGACCUGCCGGAAGACUGGCACUACCCGAAGUGCGCCGCUCCCGAUUUCCUUUUGAACAGGAACAUCAAGGAGCUGACGACUGGUCAGCUCGGCUGUGAAGCCAUCGCCGGAGGUCCUUCGGCUGAAUCGAUCUCUACGGAAGAAGGGAACGAGACUUCUUAGCCCGUAUACACGUAACGCUGGCUAGAGUAUAAGUUGGCGUAUUAACGCUGGCGUAUUAAUAAAACGAACGCGUCUUAAUAAAAGAAAGCUUAAGCCAG